AUGAGGAAAAUACUGCACUCGAAUAAGCUGAUGAAGGAGAAUGGAGAGAUGCUCAGGCGGAGGUUCCACGUGGGUGGGUACGCGAGCAGCGACAACUUCAACCCCAGCAUGGCUGCCUACAUUGAGGGCGCCUACCGGAUAUGGCGACAAGACAGGAACUCGCUGCAUAAGUCAUGGGACCACUACUUCGCGGAGAUGUCAGAAGAAACGGGGUCUCUGGGGAGCGCCAUCCCUCACAUGCUGACCACGAAGGAGGAAGCAGAGAGGGACAUUCGAAGCAGAAUGGGAGAGAAGCUACUCCCCAAGUAUAGCAAUAGCAAUCUCAGAAUCACAUACGUAAAUAAUGAAAUGCUUGAUAAGGGGAGGAUGGGAAAUAUAUACGACAUUGCCCGAAUAGUGCAGCUGAUCAGGUGGUACCAAAAGAAGGGUCAUCUGUAUGCAAACAUAAACCCGUUACCCCUGCCGAAUACACCUCCGUACAGUAGCGUUGUAAAUGAAACGGACAAGAAAAAAAUGAGCUACUCGGAUUUUGGGUUCACGCAGGAAGAUCUAGAUGCAGAAUUUUCUUUCGACUUGCCAUCCAUUACUGGUUUUUCGAGUGAUAAAAAGGAGACAAGCACGUUGAGGAGUUUAAUCGAGAGAUUAGAACAGACCUACUGUGGGACAAUCGGCUUUGAGUACAUGCACAUAACAGACGAAAAUGUCGUGAACUACAUCGUGAAGAGGAUCGAAAAGGAUCGCAAAUUCCAAUAUGAUAAUAAGGCAAAAAGAAAGAUCCUAGAAAAUACAGCAAGAGCUUUUAUAUUUGAAAAUUACAUGGCAGCAAAGUUCGCUACGACGAAGCGGUUUGGAGUAGACGGAUGUGAGACGCUCAUUACUGGGAUGAAGGCUCUCAUCUCGAGAGCAGCCAUGUUACACAUUGACAGUGUACUCAUGAGUAUGUCUCACCGAGGUCGACUGAACGUUCUUUUUAAUGUCCUACAUAAACCAUUAGAGAAUAUGAUGUCAGAAUUUAGAGGUAAGACAGGCUUCACAGAUAACAUAUGGGGAAACACAGGAGAUGUGAAGUAUCACUUGGGUGUAGAGAUUGAUCACUUAGAUGAAGAAUCUAAUCGAUAUAUCCACAUGGGUAUUGUAGACAAUUCAUCACAUCUAGAAUCGGUAGAUCCAAUUUUAAUGGGACAAGCUAGAGCACAACAAUAUUACUGUAAUGAUAAAGAAAAGGAUAAAGUCCUCCCGAUUACAAUCCAUGGAGAUGCCUCUAUAGCAGGACAAGGGAUAGCAUACGAGACGUUGCAAAUGUCAAAGCUACCAAGUUACAACGUCGGAGGGACUAUACACAUAGUAGUGAAUAACCAAAUUGGGUUCACUACCUAUCCGGUAGAUGCAAGGUCAGGUAAAUAUUGUACAGAUAUAGCGAAAUGUAUAGAUAUUCCAAUCAUCCAUGUGAAUGCAGAUGACCCAGAAGCAGUAACAUACGUAUUCGAGUUAGCACUAGACAUAAGGAACAAGUUCCACAUUGACACCAUUAUCGAUAUAGUGGGAUAUCGUCGAUUCGGACAUAACGAGCUAGAUAUGCCUAAAUUUACGAACCCGUUACUCUAUGAUAUAAUUACAAGACAUGAAUCCGUUUUGGACCUAUACAGUAAAAAGCUAAUCCGUGAAGGAGUAAUCACUCUUGAAGAGUUUGAAAAAAACAAAACAGAUAUAUAUAACUUAUACGAAGAUGUAUAUGAAAAAUCGAAAUCAUUUGUUCCAACUCCAAAGGAGAAAUACCUACCACAAUGGGAGCAUAUGGUUACUCCUCAGAAAUUUUCUCCAUCUAGAAAAACAGGAGUAGAGAAAAAAGUGCUUCUAGAUUUAGGGAAGCAAAUAUUUACAAUACGAGAGAAUUUCCAUGCUCAUCCGAUUAUUACCAAGUUGUUUAAAGCACGUAUUGAUAGCUUGAAUACAGGAAAUAAUAUCGAUUUCGGGACAGCAGAACUGUUGGCAUAUGCCACAUUAUUAUCUGAUGGAUUUCAUGCUAGACUAUCUGGACAAGAUUCACAAAGAGGGACCUUCUCCCAUAGACAUGCAGUACUUCAUGAUCAGGUUACCUAUGAUUCGUAUAACAUUUUUGACUCUCUUAAAACACCACAUACUAUAGAGGUGAAUAACUCCUUGCUCUCCGAAUAUGCAGCGUUAGGGUUCGAAAUAGGAUACAGUUAUGAACACCCAGAUGCGCUAGUCGUAUGGGAAGCUCAAUUUGGUGAUUUUGCUAACGGGGCUCAAGUAAUGAUAGAUAAUUAUAUCGCUUCUGGAGAAACAAAAUGGAAUAAACAAUCAGGAAUUGUAAUGUUUUUACCUCAUGGAUAUGAUGGACAAGGUCCUGAACACUCCUCUGCUCGAAUUGAACGUUUUCUACAGCUAUGUGAUGACAGGGAAGACAUAGCUACAUAUUCUGUGGAGAAGGAUAAAACGAUAAUACAGCAACAUAACAUGCAAGUAAUUAAUUGUACCAAGCCAUCUAAUCUGUUUCAUGCUUUGAGGAGACAAAUGCAUAGAUCCUUUAGAAAACCACUCAUUGCUAUCACUCCUAAGAAAAUGUUAAAAAUGAGAAUGGCAUUUGAUGUUAUAGAAAAUUUUAUUUCAUCCACAGAGUUCCUUCCUUACUUACCUGAACAACAAGGACAUAAAUUAAAUCCAAAGGAUGACAUCAAACGGAUUAUUUUAUGUUCUGGUCAAGUCUACUACGAUCUGUUGAAUUAUAGAGAAGCUAAUGAGAUUAAAAAUAUUGCGAUAGCAACUAUUGAGCAGUUGUCUCCUUUUCCUUUUAAACAGUUCAUGCAGGAUUUACAGAGCUACCCAAACUUGAGAGAUGUAAUUUGGGUUCAGGAAGAACACAUGAAUAUGGGACCUUGGUUCUACGUUUCUCGACGUAUCGAGGCAGCCAUUCAGCAGCUCAAAAGGGACAACCCCGAUUGGGACAUUGAAGUGCCCCAAGUUUUCUACUCCGGCAGGGACGUCUACGCUGCGCAGUCCGCUGGAGACCUCAACCUCCACCUCUACCAGCUGGACGAGUUUCUGCUCGACGCCUUUAACCUGUCCAAGGCGCACCACAUGCACGCGCACAAGUACGCCGCGGUGCAGCGGAGCAGCGAGGCGGUGUAG